GUUCAUUUCAUUUCCUUUUUUUUCUUCUUUUUUUUUUCCUUUUUUUUUUCUUUUCUUUCUCCCUCGAGUGAUGUCAAGAGACGAUGUCACCCAGUCUCGCCCUGCAAUUCAAAAGGGGAAAGGUAAGCAAGGCAAGGCGAGACUGCGAUGAGAAAUCGAGAAACCAUCCGAGGAGCCGCAGAAGGACUCAGAAGCGGGAGAGGGACGCAGCACGCAGCACGCAGCAUCACAGAAGCGUCCGUGGUGUGAUUCCGUGUCUGCUAGGCGGUUGGAGUCAACACAAGGUUGGCAACACGCUCACUUCGGGCAUCUACCGUCAACGUUGCAAAGUUGGUGGACUCCCAUGAUGCGCGCUACUCCGUACGCUGCCACGCUGCCGUAAACGCUUCGAUGGUUCGAUUGUUAGACCAUUUUUGUAUCGCAGCUGCCCUUUUUGCGUUUUCCGGCCAGCCUCAAUGCAACAACACAACCGCGGCCCCGUCCCUUAACGGCCUGCCCAGUCCAAACCGU